AUAAGACAUGGCUUCAUUAAUAAAUCAUAAUUAAAAACACCGAAACAAUGUCACCUGUUUACAUUGUUUGUGGUUUAUUUUUUUUUUUAAUAACAAAAUCUUGCAGCACAAGCAUUUAUGUGGAAAUACCAAAAAAUGACACAUUGAAAGAGUUACAUGUAAAAUAUUUAAACGAGAUAUGCAGUAGACAGAAUGUUAUAUGCAAAAAGAACGAUACAUAUAUAUGUGCAAUGAAAAAAGUUAAUGAAGUUUCAAAAUAUAAGGAUUUUAAGAACUCUUGCUAUUUAUUUAUGAGCAAUAUAUGCGAAAAUGCUGGUAAUGAAUAUUUUAUUGUAAGAAGCGGAACCUGUAAGGAGUACUUGAAUUCACGUAGAAAUGUAAUACAAAAGGGACAUAACACGUUAACAGCAAAUAAUACAAACACAAAAGCAUAUACCAGAGCGGGAAAUCAGACGGCAAAGCCAACCACUAUAUAUGAGAUUGACACGGCGUAUGACCACCACAUCUGUCCACUGACCUGCCCGGACACCUACUCGCCAAUAUGUCUAAGCGUGAACCGCGGCUUUGGGAAAUAUUUCAAAUUCUUCACAUUCAUGAACCAUUGCUACGGAGAUGUGUAUUAUUGCAAGAAUUGGGAAGAUUUUUCUCCGCCGCCCGACGAAGAUGCUGAGAUGGUUAACAGUUCCCCACUCGGAUGGUCAUACUGCGGCUCCUCGCGGUACCUUCAAUUCGCUCGGUUCUCGGAGGUGGCGUCAUCUAUGGGCCACUACGGUUGGCUGGCCGGAGACCAACGGUACUCACACAUCAUGGAACCCCAAGAAAGAAUGCCUGGAUACGGGUAGAAACAUAAACAUAAUAGCUGUAUAGACAAGUCUUUUGCCUUUCCUAUUUAACGGAAAAAUAAAAAUAUAUUAAAAACU